UCUGCCGCGGAUCGCUCAGGGGUGCAUUGCGGUCGAAAUGAAAUUAGCCCUAAGACUAGUCCUAUGCGCUCUGGCGGCGGCCAGCGCCUCCGCUCUCUCAAUCUCCUUGAGACAAAAUCCGGAGACACUAUGCGCAGGACAGGAGAACUUCCUACGUAUAGCCAGCACGGAAGGCUGCAGCGCGUACUACCAAUGCUACGCAGGCCGAGCUUACCUGAUGGAAUGCCCAAGAGAUUCCUGGUUCAACGAACUGGAACAGGUUUGCGAUUGGACAGAGCCACCUGCAAGCUGCCGGACCGACCCAGAACCGGAGCCAGAACCGGAACCUGAACCAGAAGCGGAAACCGAUCCUGAACCUGAACCAGAACCAGAACCAGAACUUCAACCAGAACAUGAACCAGAAACGGAAGCGGAACCCGAACCUGAGUCUGAACUAGAACCCGAACAAGAAAAUGAACCAGAAUCUGAAGAAGUGGAAGAACCAGGCUCCGGUGAAGAUUGGGAAGUGGAUGCCGUCAUCAAAUUCUUGAAGGCGAGAUUACAAGACGACACUGAAGAGGAGCUGAUCGAAGACAUAGAGGAGCGACUCGACGAUGACGACCACGACCUCUAUCACGAUCACGAUCACGAUCACGACCACGAUCACGAUCACGACCACGAUCACGACCACGACCACGAUCAUGAACACGAUCACGACCAUGAGCACGCUCGCGAUCACGAGCAGGAACAUGAUCACAAACACGAUCAUGAUCACGGACACGACCACGGCCAUGACCACGCUCGCUAUCAAGAUCAUGACCAUGAUCACGACCACGAACAUGAUCUCGGUCACGACCACGAUCAUGACCAAAAUCACGACCACGAUCAUGACCACGAUCACGACCACGAUCAUGACCACGAUCAUGACCACGAUCACGAACACGAUCACGACCACGAUCAUGACCACGAUCACGAACACGACCACGGCCACGAUCACGACAACGAACACGAUCAUGACGACGAUCACGACCACGAUGAUAGCGAAGACUAUGAACGCAACCACGCACUUAAAUUCCAAGAAGAGCUUGACGAGGAAUCUGAACAAGAAGAACUAGAGAUCUUAAUGCGUGCUCAAGAGGAAACUGAGGAUGUCGAUGGUGAGGAUCUUGAAGAAGAAAGCCGCCAAAAACAUCAGGAAGAAAUUGAAGAAGAGGUUAACGAAAAAGAAACUCUAGAGAGGCAGGAAGAUGUAGAAGAUGAAAUUGAAGUUGAAGAAGAAAACCGCAAAAAUCGGUCAGUGCAAGAGGAAAUAGAAGAUGAAGAAGUGGACAAUGAGGAAGCCUUGAAGAGGCAAGAAGAUGUAGAUGACGAAGAAGAAGACGAAGAAGCUCUUAAGAGACAAGAAGAUGUAGAGGAUGUAGAUGAAGUUGAGGAAGAAACCCGCAAAAAGCGGUCAGCGCAAGAGGCAACAGAAGAUGAAGAAGUGGACAAUGAGGAAUCUUUGAAGAGGCAAGAAGAUGUAGAUGACGAAGAAGAAGACGAGGAAACUCUUAAGAGGCAAGAAGUUGUAGAGGAUGAAGAUGUACUUGAGGAAGAAAACGGCAAAAAGCGGUCAGCGCAAGAGGCAACGGAAGAUGAAGAAGUGGAGGAUGAGGAAGCCUUGAAGAGGCAAGAAGAUGUAGAUGACGAAGAAGAAGACGAGGAAGCCCUUAAGAGACAAGAAAAUGUUGAGGAUGAAGGUGAAGUUGAGGAAGAAAACCGCAAAAGGCGGUCAGCGCAGGAGGCAACUGAAGAUGAAGAAGCGGAGGAUGAGGAAGCCUUGAAGAGGCAAGAAGAUGUAGAGAACGAUGAAGAAGAUGAGGUCGAAGACGAUAUCGUAGAUCAAGAAAAAACUCGCAAAAAGCGGUCUGCACAAGAGGAAAUAGAAGAUGAAGAACUUGAAGAAGACGAUGAUGUAGAAGAUGCUGAAGACCAGGAAGAAAGCCGCAAAAAGCGGUCUAUCCUACAAUACGACUCCGAUGAAAAAGAUGAAGAAUGGCAAAGGGCACAAGAAGAAGCAAAUAUUCUCGAAAUCGACGAAGAGGAGGAAAUCAAAAGGCAAGAAGACGUAAUAGAAGAAAAUGAGGUUUCCGAAGAAUCUGAGGAAGGUUACUUCCAGCGCUUUUUCUUUUGAUUUAAUGGCCUUCAAAAGAACUUCCUAGUGGAAUGUCCUUGUAAAUGCCGUAGAAAGUUCUAUUUUAAUUGUAUUUAUUAAUGUAAAUAAGUUGUGUGUGUGAGUAAAGAUCACUUUGUGCAAUUUUGUAAAUAUUACUGUGAGAUACUA